AUGGAGCCGGCAGUGCUGGCUCCGCACAAUCUCUCGCACCACGAGCCAAUCAGCUUCGGCAUUGAUCAGAUCCUGAGCGGUCCCGAACCCCCGGGGGGCAGCUUAGGCCCAGGCCGUGGGAGCUCGGGUCACGGGGAGAAUGCAGCGUUCUCGGGUGGAUUCCACGGAGCCUCUGGUUACGGACCCGCAGGCUCACUGGCUCCAUUGCCAGGCAGCUCCAGCAUGGGCCCGGGCGGCGUGAUUCGAGUGCCGGCUCACCGUCCGCUGCCUGUGCCUCCGCCCUCAGCAGGCACGCCCGCGGUGCCUGGGCCCUCGGGCUUGGGCGGCGCCGGGAGCCUGGCCGGACUCACCUUUCCCUGGAUGGAUAGUGGCCGCCGCUUCGCCAAGGACCGGCUCACGGCCGCGCUGUCACCCUUCUCCGGGACGCGCCGUAUAGGCCACCCCUACCAAAACCGGACCCCCCCGAAGCGGAAGAAGCCGCGCACGUCUUUCUCACGCUCACAGGUACUGGAGCUGGAGCGGCGCUUCUUGCGCCAGAAGUACUUGGCCUCGGCUGAAAGGGCCGCCCUGGCCAAGGCCCUGCGCAUGACAGACGCACAGGUCAAGACGUGGUUCCAGAACCGGCGCACCAAGUGGCGGCGCCAGACAGCAGAGGAGCGCGAGGCUGAGCGGCACCGUGCAGGUCGCCUUCUCCUGCACCUGCAGCAGGACACUCUGCCGCGGCCCCUACGGCCGCCACUGCCUCCGGACCCGCUCUGUCUGCACAACUCAUCGCUCUUCGCUCUUCAGAAUCUGCAGCCCUGGGCCGAGGACAAUAAGGUGGCCUCAGUGUCUGGGCUUGCCUCGGUGGUGUGAGCGACGCCCGCUCGACC